AUGAGGGGGGAAGUGCAAAAGUUAAAGUUUAUACGGGAGGUCAGAUACCCCCAGUGGUUGGCCAAUGUGGUCAUGGUUCCAAAGAAGUCAACAGGGCAGUGGAGGAUGUGUGUAGACUACUCAAAUCUCAACAGGGCAUGCCCAAAGGACAGCUUCCCGCUCCCACGAAUAGACCAACUGGUGGACUCCACGUCCGGAUUCGAAUUGUUGAGCUUCAUGGACGCCUAUGCGGGCUAUAACCAGAUCCGGAUGGAUCCAAGGGAUGAGGAGCAUACAGCCUUCACGACUGACAAGGCCUUUAUUGCUAUAAGGAGGGGGAUUGAAGCCAACCCGGAAAAGAUCCAAGCCAUAUUGGACAUGGAAAGGCCUAAGGAGAGGAAUGAAGUGAGUUCAUUGGCUGGGAAGAUUGUCGCCUUUGCCAGAUUCGUGUCACGACUCACGGAUAAGUGUGCCCCUUUCUUUCGGUUGCUGAAAGACCAGCGGUGUAAGAAGCCAGAAAUCAGCGGGAGGCUGGUAAAAUGGGCAAUAGAGCUGGGGGAAUUUGAUAUCCAUUACCGGCCGAGAGUGGCAAUCAAGGGCCAAACAGCGGCUGACUUUAUAUCUGAGCUCACACCCAUGAAAGUUGUGGGAGUAUCCAACGAGGCCAACCGGGAGGAAAAUGGUCCUGGAGCGGCUAAGGAGAUGCACAGUGAGGAACCACCGGCUCAACUCUGGAGACUUUUUGUGGAAGGCUCGGUGACGAGAAAUAAAAGCGGGGCGGGAAUAAUAUUAGAGACUCCCGAUGGAUUCAAGCAUGAGUACGCCCUAGAAUUCCAGUUCAAGGCAUCCAACAAUGCGGCUGAGUACGAAGCUUUAAUCGGGGGAUUGCAACUCGCCCGAGGCAUCGGAGUGGAAAGAGUGGAAAUAUUUAGUGAUUCACAGUUGGUUGUAAAUCAAGUCAACGGGAGCUUUGAAGCUAAGGAGCCUCAGUUGCACUCUUACCAAGCAUUAUCAAAAGCCUUCAUGCAACGUUUUAAAUCGGUCUCUCUCUCUCUCACAUCCCCCGGAAACAAAACCGUCAUGCAGAUGCCCUCGCCCGGCUAG